AUGUCAACUACCUUUCCAGGUCUCGUCCACGAUGCAGAGAUACGUCAUGACGGAUCAAACAGUUACCGUUUGAUGCAGCUUGGAUGCCUGGAGUCUGUGGCCAACUCGACCGUCGCCUAUUCCUCCUCAUCUCCUCUCACUUACUCUACCACGGGCACCGAGUUCGCCUCCCCGUACUUCUCCACUAACCACCAGUACACCCCACUGCACCACCAGUCCUUCCACUACGAGUUCCAACACAGCCACCCGGCAGUCAACCCCGACGCUUACUCCUUGAACUCUCUCCACCACUCCCAGCAAUAUUACCAGCAGAUCCACCAUGGAGAACCCACUGAUUUUAUCAACCUGCACAAUGCGCGGGCACUCAAGUCCUCCUGCUUGGACGAGCAGAGGAGAGAGCUGGGGUGCUUAGAUGCUUACCGCCGCCACGACCUGUCUCUUAUGAGCCAUGGAUCCCAAUAUGGGAUGCAUCCAGAUCAAAGACUCCUGCCAGGACCAAGCCUCGGGCUUGCAGCCUCGGGAGCAGACGAUUUGCAGAGCUCAGUGGAGGCCCAGUGUGGACUUGUACUCAACGGGCAAGGAGGUGUGAUAAGAAGAGGUGGCACCUGUGUUGUCAACCCCACCGACCUGUUCUGCUCCGUUCCUGGUCGCUUGUCUCUGCUCAGCUCCACUUCCAAGUACAAAGUGACCAUUGCAGAGGUGAAGAGGCGCCUUUCACCACCAGAAUGCCUCAAUGCUUCCCUCCUUGGAGGUAUUUUGAGAAGAGCAAAAUCCAAGAACGGAGGACGCUGCUUGCGAGAAAAAUUAGACAGACUUGGACUGAAUUUGCCUGCAGGAAGAAGAAAAGCAGCAAAUGUCACACUUCUGACUUCCCUGGUAGAAGGGGAAGCACUACAUUUGGCCAGAGAUUUCGGCUACACCUGUGAAACAGAGUUCCCUGCCAAGGCAGUAGGAGAGCACAUUGCCAGACAGCACAUGGAACAGAAAGAGCAGACAGCGAGGAAAAAGAUGAUCCUAGCGACAAAACAAAUAUGUAAAGAAUUCCAAGACCUUCUAAGUCAAGACAGAUCACCCCUCGGAUCCUCCAGACCAACUCCAAUAUUAGACCUCGACAUCCAGAGACAUUUAACGCAUUUCAGUUUGAUCACUCAUGGUUUUGGAACUCCUGCAAUAUGUGCUGCCCUAAGCACUUUCCAAACUGUUCUCAGUGAAAUGCUGAACUACUUGGAAAAGCACACAUCGCACAAAAACGGAGGAGCGGCGGAAUCCGGCCAAGGACACGCCAACUCGGAGAAAGCCCCCCUGCGGAAAACUUCAGAGGCUGCUGUGAAAGAGGGCAAAACAGAAAAGACAGACUAGCUACAUCAAACAGAAUCUAUUUCGAGAGAGUCUUGCUGCUGAUAUUUUUUUUAAAUAUAUAUAUCAU